UCGGCUCGACCCCCCCAAUCCCCCCCCCCCCCUCAGGCCCCGCCCUGCGCCACUCCCUCCCCUCACCCCUGCGGCGCGGCUUGCUGCCGCGGUGUCCUGGCAGGGCGCUGAGGUGUGUCGCCGGCGGGUGUCGCAGGGCGUGUCACGAGGUGAGUGGGGGAGACAGAGGCCGCGAGCCUGAGCACCAAGGGCGCGCGGUGGUGCUCCUCACCCCUCCCCCUAGCUGCCGGCCGGCGGUUCCCGGGAAGAUGGCGGAUCGCGCGGAGAUGUUUUCUCUCUCCACCUUCCACUCGCUGUCGCCUCCGGGCUGCAGGCCUCCCCAGGACAUAAGCCUGGAAGAAUUUGAUGAUGAAGACCUGUCUGAAAUCACCGACGACUGUGGACUGGGCCUUAGCUACGAUUCGGACCACUGCGAGAAGGACAGCCUCUCCCUGGGUCGCUCAGAGCAGCCACACCCUAUCUGUUCCUUCCAAGAUGAUUUCCAGGAGUUUGAGAUGAUCGAUGACAAUGAGGAGGAAGACGAGGAUGAGGAGGAAGAUGAGGAAGAGGAGGAAGAAGGAGAUGGGGAGGGCAAGGCAGGGGGAGGAUCUGGUUCAGAGGCUCUUGUUGGAGAGACCCUUCUUCCCUCUCCUUCCCUAGAGGAGUCCCACAAGCACCGACCCACCACUCUCCACCUGACCACACUCGGGGCCCAGGACUCCUUGAACAAUAACAACGGCGGCUUUACCUCUGCACCCCCAUCCUCCUGGCAGGAGACAGUGCUGCGGUCGCCCGCCCAGGAGCCCGUUAAAGAGCUCCCGGCCCCUCUCAGGCCGGCUGAAGAGGAGCCCCAUGAGGCACGGUCUCUGGUACACCCUGGUUGUGACUGUGAAGGGAACCAACCCCCAGAGCCACCAGUGUCCGGUGGGGCCUCGCCUUCCUCUGAUCCUGGGAUUGAGGCCGACUUGAGAAGCCACUCGAGUGGAGGCCGCGAGGGUCGGCGAAGCAGCCAGGAGCUCUCAUCACCAGGCUCGGACUCGGAGGAUGCAGGGGGUGCACGCCUGGGCCGCAUGAUCUCGUCCAUUUCGGAGACGGAGCUGGAGCUGAGCAGCGACGGCGGCGGCAGCAGCAGCGGCCGCUCGUCCCAUCUCACCAACUCGAUCGAGGAGGCUUCAUCGCCAGCCUCCGAGCCGGAGCCGGAGCCGGAGCCACUGCAUGAACCUCCCCGCCGCCCUGCCUUCCUGCCCGUGGGCCACGAUGACACCAACAGCGAGUAUGAGUCCGGCUCCGAGUCUGAGCCUGACCUCAGCGAGGAUGCCGACUCGCCCUGGCUGCUCAGCAACUUGGUGAGCCGCAUGAUCUCGGAGGGUUCCUCGCCCAUCCGUUGCCCGGGCCAGUGCUUAUCUCCAGCACCGCGCCUGCCAGAAGAGGCAGCAGCGUCACAGGCCAGCCGGGUACCCCAGGACUGCCAAGACCCCGAGGCAGUAGCAGGGCCCCACGUGGAGUUGGUGGACAUGGACACCCUCUGCGGGUCACCUCCGCCGGCCCCGGCAGCGCCUCGGCUUGGCCCUGCGCAGCCUGGGCCCUGCCUUUUCCUCAGUAACCCGACACGGGAUACCAUCACCCCGCUUUGGGCCACAGCGGGCCGCACUGGCCGCCCUGGCCGCUCCUGCUCCGCUGCCUGCUCGGAGGAGGAGGAUGAGGACGAAGAGGAUGAGGAGGAUGAGGACGAUGCAGAGGACAGCGUGGUCCCUCCUGGUUCUAGGAGUACGGGCUCUAGCGCGCCGCUGGAUGCCUCGCUGGUGUACGAUGCCGUUAAGUACACACUGGUAGUGGAUGAGCACACUCAGCUGGAGCUGGUGAGCCUGCGGCGCUGUGCAGGCCUGGGCAACGACAGCGAAGAGGACAGCAGCUGCGAGGCCAGUGAGGAAGAGGCGGGAGCCACAUUACUAGGUGGUGACCAGGGGCCAGGGGAUGCCUCUCCUGACAGUCCGGACCUCACCUUCUCCAAGAAGUUCCUCAAUGUCUUUGUCAACAGCACGUCUCGAUCCUCCAGCACAGAGUCCUUUGGUCUUUUCUCCUGUCUGGUCAAUGGGGAGGAGAGAGAGCAGACACACCGGGCUGUCUUCAGGUUCAUCCCCCGGCAUCCAGACGAACUGGAGUUGGACGUGGAUGACCCCGUGUUGGUGGAAGCUGAAGAGGAUGACUUUUGGUUUCGAGGCUUCAACAUGCGGACUGGCGAGCGCGGGGUGUUCCCCGCCUUCUAUGCCCACGCGGUGCCCGGUCCUGCCAAGGACCUGCUGGGGAGCAAGCGGAGCCCUUGCUGGGUGGAGCGCUUCGAUGUGCAGUUCUUGGGCUCCGUGGAAGUACCGUGUCACCAGGGCAAUGGCAUCCUGUGUGCCGCCAUGCAAAAGAUUGCCACAGCCCGGAAGCUAACCGUGCACCUGCGCCCUCCUGCCUCUUGUGACCUUGAGAUCUCUCUGCGGGGGGUCAAGCUGAGUCUGAGCGGAGGAGGACCUGAGUUCCAGCGCUGCAGUCACUUCUUCCAGAUGAAGAACAUCUCAUUCUGCGGCUGUCAUCCCCGAAACAGCUGCUAUUUUGGCUUCAUCACCAAACACCCGCUGCUAAGCCGCUUUGCCUGCCAUGUCUUUGUGUCCCAGGAGUCUAUGAGACCAGUGGCGCAGAGCGUGGGCCGGGCCUUCCUGGAGUACUACCAUGAGCACCUGGCAUUUGCCUGCCCCACAGAGGAUAUCUACCUGGAGUAGCACCCACCUCCCUCAGCUCCUGUCUACACAGCUCUGGGUAUCUCAAGGCCACCAUGGCUUGAGCAAGGACUGGAUUGGGGACCUUUGGAACCUUACAAUUGUGGGAGUCCCUGGGCUGGGAACUCUUAAUCCUUUAUCCCCACCCAGGUCAUGGCUUUCGGGAGCUGUUGGGGAGAGGAGCCUCAGCAGCCAUACUUUUCUUCUGAUGCAUCUUUUCUCUCUUGUCCUCCUUCGCCCUGUUCCCCCAACUACCUUUCCUCUGUCUCCCACCUCUCUCUGUGCCUGUAGACCUCGCUCUUUGCUCUCUCUUCUGGAGGUUGAACUUGAGGGAGGGGAGUAGGUUCAAGGUAACUGAUGAAGUCAGGUCCCCCAGUGGUUCCCUCCUGCCCGUCUCCUGUGAUUUAUAAAUGAAUUUUAAUUUUUAUAGUGAAUCUCAAGGGAUCAUCCGGUCUUUGAUCGCAGGAAGGGACCCUAGCCCCAACCCACAAGGAGCUCAGGGGAAAGAGGGAGGGGUUUCUAAGAGAACCUUCAGGCCAUUAGACGGUUCUUGCUCACCCAAAGCCCCCAAUGCUGCUAGGAGGAGGGCACCCCAAGGGGUGCUCCCAACAGGUCAUCUGCUUUGCCGCUAACACCCCUGCAGUCCAGCGAGUGAGUAUCUGCCCCGCGUACGCCGCCUGCUGUGUACGUGGGCCCUGCCCAUGGCCUCAAUAAACUCUGCUUGGUGUGA